AUGACUGACAAUCCUAGUGAGGUCGAAGACUGGGAACACGAGGAGAUCGAACUUCAUCCCUCUGAGUAUGGCAAUUUCGAUGGUCAAACGCACUGCGAGGACCAUGAUAGUGCGGGUGAAUACAGCGACUGUUAUGAUUGCGGAGACUACCCGAGCUUUUACGAGCAUGAGGGUGGAUAUGAUCCAAGGGCAUACGACAGCGAGAGCGACUACGACAGGAUCGCGGAUGAAGAGGGUGCGGCUGAGCGACAUAGUCAGUCAGCCCGAUGGUUCUACGGCGUCGGUUCCUCGAGGAGACCGCCGGCUAGGCUCGAGGGACCCGACACGCUCCCCAAAUAUGUGGAUGAUCCUAAUUAUCUGCUCUAUCGGUCACCGCCGCCCUGGAGCGUUUUGGGUGAGAUCAAGCCUACUGACGGGUCGGCGGGGGCCGCGGAGAGAAGAAACGAAGAGGAUCUCGUCGCUGUUAACCGGACCAACAAGAAAGCGAGACUCGCUGUGCACAUGAUGAAGGACAUGAUCAGCAAGAAAAAGGCCAAGCAGAUAGUCGAUGUGGGAGACUCCGGUGGCUCCAACCUGGCUCCCAUCCAAUCGAGGAAUCCAUUCCGGAAGGCACCCAAGAUCGCGGAUAACAUUGCGCAAAUGCGAAGUCCGGCUACCGUGAUGGAGGGCAGGCCCUUGGAGAUGUCCCCGAACCCCCUUGCCAUAGAGCCAGCUUUACAUGAGCUGGGUAUGGAGGUUCAAUCCACGGCUAGGGUUGCCUCACUUCCGGUCCUCAGGCCCGUCUCUGCUCACAAGGUUCCUGCCCUUCCUUCCCCACCUCCGACGCAGAAGAAACAACAAGGGCGGAAACCAGUCAAGGAGAAGACGCCACAUCGGCCUCCUCAGAGGAAGAGAGGUGGGAUGGGUAUGUCGUCCGCAGGUGGUAAGGUUGAUGGUCAAAAGCACAAGCAAUUUGACUGGCAAGCCUGGGGUAAGCCGAGGGAAAGCACGUAG